AUGGUUUGCGGCACCGGAAUCGAGCGCGAUGCUGAGAUCCCUCUACCCUCUAUAACAGACAGGCAGGCAGGCAGUCCAUGUCGAUUUGCGGGCUGGUCCAAUCUGCUAUGCGCUUUUUUAUACUGGCCAGCAGCACUGUCGGCUAUGCCGUUGGAUGAUGAUGAUGAUGAUGAUGAUGAUGAUGAAGAAGAGGACCACCUGUCCCGGGCGAUCCAGUCCACCUCGCCAACUCUUGCAAGAUGCAUACUGUCCAGAAUCCUCCUCCCAACGGUACAGGGAGGCGAGGAUUCAUGUUUGGGCAGCGCGCUCCAUCCAGCGCGAUAUUCGCAUCCUACAUCCAUCGGCAUGCAUGUGUAUGUGAUGACAGGUGCCGAUAUUGCACCGCUACCUGCUAGUAUAGGCAAUGCGGCAUCCGUGUCCAGGGCGACGUUCUCACGAAUUUGCCGAGCUCUCUCCAAGCGUUGGCAGUUUUGGCGAAGAGAAACCAAGAAUGUCUUGGGCAUUCUUGCAGCAUCUUGUUACAGAAUGCUUGUACAUUUCUUGGCCCCAGAGCUGGAACGACCUACCUUACCUGUAGGCACCUUACCACUUCACUCUCACUUUCAUCCUAAAGAUUCCAGUCACGUGUACUCCACUCAAUUAUCCAUCGGCGAAGAGACCAUCUACUUCCAUGGGUGUAUGAUAGAUGGCUGCCUCAUCAGGCUCAUCUCACCCAUCCCACCCACCCGCCCGCCCGUCCGUCCGUCCGCCCGCGCGACGCGCGCCGUUGAUCACACGAUGAUUGCGACACGCCGACACGCACCCACGCUGUCCUGUGUAUGGAUGAUGGAUGUAUACGAGGAGGGCAUGCGCCUCGCGGUUGGUGUCGGGCCGAAGUUGAUGUUGUAUGUGCAGAGCGUAGGAAGAGGCUAA